AUGGGCUUUGCCCCGAUGCACAAUGCUGCGGCUUAUUCGGCUGUGGAAGUCAUGGAUGAACUUAUCAAACAUGCAGGCAGUUCAGUUUAUUUUGAUGUCACUGCAGCUCUUCAUGUUGCUUGUGAUGCUGAGAUGGUGCAUCGACUUGUGCAAAUGACAGCGGAUGUGAACGGCCAAACUGACUGCUGGAAGCGAUCAACACUCACGCGAGCAAUGUGCAUGAUGAUGGUUUUACAGCAUCGGUUUUACAAGGUUACUCAACUCAGCCAGAUGCUGUACCACUCAGAAGGUGCAUCGCCUUUGAUCAUGGCCUUGGUUUGCGGUCAAUAUGAAGCCGCGGCAGCUCUGAUCGCAGCAGGAGCAGAGCUCACUUCACGGAAUGCCCGGGGAUUGACUCCCAAAAAGUUCAUCCAAGAGAAUUGGGUCCCAGAAUGCCUGCAGGAUGCCCUGGAAGGAAGGCUUGAAUCAUGUCAGAGGGUGGCACUACUCGCACGUGGCUGGGUGGAGAUGAAAUUUUGA